AUGGCUGAACAGUCGUUGAACAUGAAUACUAAUGACUGCUCUAGUGAAAAUGUUAACAAUGUAUUCAGAUUUAUGACAGGUUCUCCAAGGCAACCGUCUGCAACCGUUUCUCCUUUUAACGGUAUACAGUUUACUUCCCAAGAUCUCGGGAAAAUGUUUACAGUCCAAGGACAAGUAACCUCAGACUCUCCCGCUCCCGCCUCGCAAGAACCUCUGCCAGAACAGCAAUUUCAGUUUAGAAAAAUAGCACGACCAAUACUACCUUCACUAAUUACCGAGUUCGCUCAAACAUCAAUGAUUCAAAAUAACUAUUAUAUGACUUCCCCGGCAGAUAUUCCAGACUUUACUUCCCCAUACCGAAGGAGAGAUAGUAAUGUCUCGGCGAUGUCAAUUCAAGGUGAUACACCCACUCGCCAUCGACGGGAUAGUAAUGUAUCUGCAAUAUCCAUGCAACUGGAUACUCCCACACCAAGCGAAAACGAAUCUUGCAACGAUGAUGACCCCAACAAGCCAGCAUUCUCGUUCCAAUUUAUGCCAAAAUCUUUCUCGCGACCCGAUACUCCAACAUCAGCUCCCUCUACGCCUCCGAUGUAUCCUACAAACCUAUUCACAACACCAACGGUACGGCCUACCCUUUUUUUAUCUAAUACGCCACAAUUACUGAGAAGGAGUAGUAUGAGUGAUUUGAAUCUUGACAGUUCACCAAGUGGAUCGUUUUCAGAUUCGCGAAGUGAGAGACCUUCACCUGUCUAUCGGCCUGUCAGGGCCAGGCGAGCGUCCUUGUUGCCAAAAAUAAAAUCAUUUACGCGGGUCGUAAAUGAACUUCAAGAGGAGGCCAGUCCAAUUGAAGCAGAGAUUAGGCAGGAAUACAAAACUACAAAGGUGCUCAAAGGCGAACAUGUAAAAUUGAUUGAUUGUAACCAGAGACAAUCCGAGGAUUUUAUUGUAGAUUGGCUGAAAUUCCGCGACGUGCAACCCUCGCCGCCCCCAUCUACGGUUUCAAAAUCGAACCCCGAGGUUGAGAUGAUUCGUCGCCAAGAUAUAACAUCACCCGUUCAACCAAAUGUCGGAUCAAUUGCUGGACGAGUAAAGCGAAAGACCUCGGAGGACCGAUUUGGACCCUAUUUCAAUCCAAAGCGGCGUGCGGCAUCACCCAGUCUCGUCGGAAGUUUCUCUGGCAUUUCAACAAUUUCGCCUUCUCCCUCUCCCUCUUCAUCUGGAGUCCCGUCUUAUGGAUCGAAUUUCUCAACAGCAUCGCAAAACGGCGUCGCAAUUAAGGAACCGUUGUAUAGGAAUAGUCACGAGGAUAAUGACACUAGGAACAGUCAUGAGGGUAACGAGAGUUAUGAGAAUGGAGGGAGAAACGGUGAUGCUGUCAGUAUUCACGACACUAAUCGUAGGUUUAGUACAAUGAGUUUGAAUUGA